UUCCAUUCUCUGUUUCUCAUUCACGACCUUUCCCUGUUAUUUCUCUUUCGUUUUCAUUUCAAUCUUUUCACCAUCGAUGGCCAAGGGCGAGAAAAAGCCAGCGGAGAAGAAGCCCGCAGAGAAGUCACCAGCAGAGAAAACCAAAGCGGAGAAGAAGAUUCCAAAGGAAGCCUCAUCCACCGAUAAGAAGAAGAAGAAACACAAGAAGAGCGUUGAAACAUACAAGAUCUACAUCUUCAAGGUUUUGAAGCAGGUUCAUCCUGAUAUCGGAAUCUCAAGCAAGGCUAUGGGGAUAAUGAACAGUUUCAUCAAUGAUAUCUUUGAGAAACUCGCUCAAGAAUCUUCUAGACUCGCUCGCUACAAUAAGAAGCCUACCAUCACAUCUCGCGAGAUCCAGACUGCUGUUCGUCUUGUUCUUCCCGGCGAGCUUGCUAAGCACGCCGUAUCUGAAGGAACUAAGGCCGUUACCAAGUUUACUAGUUCUUGAAUUUAAACAUUUAUUUAAAUUAGGGUUUACUUGGUGUAAAUUUUGGAUCGACGCGUUUCGAUUUUGAUGUUGAAUUGAAUCAAUUAUAAUGAAAUAUCUUUUUUGUGCUUAA